AUGUCCCGGCCGCUGAGCGACCAGGAUCGCCGGCGCCAGAUCAGCGUCCGGGGCCUGGCGGGACCGGAGAACGUGGGGGAGCUGAAGAAGAGCUUCAACCGGCACCUGCACUUCACCCUGGUCAAGGACCGGAACGUGGCCACCACCAGGGACUACUACCAGGCCCUGGCACACACUGUGCGGGACCACCUGGUGGGGAGGUGGCUGCGGACACAGCAGUACUACUAUGAGAAGGACCCUAAGCGCAUCUAUUACCUGUCCCUGGAGUUCUACAUGGGCCGCACACUGCAGAACACGAUGGUGAACCUGGGGCUGCAGAGCGGCUGCGAUGAGGCCAUGUACCAGCUGGGGCUGGACAUGGAGGAGCUGCAGGAGAUCGAGGAGGACGCAGGGCUGGGCAAUGGAGGCCUGGGGAGGCUGGCGGCCUGCUUCCUGGACUCCAUGGCCACCCUGGGCCUGGCUGCCUAUGGCUACGGGAUCCGCUAUGAGUUCGGGAUCUUCAACCAGAAGAUCUCGGGGGGGUGGCAGGUGGAGGAGGCUGAUGAUUGGCUGCGUUAUGGGAACCCCUGGGAGAAGGCUCGUCCUGAAUACACCAUCCCCGUUCACUUCUAUGGGCGCGUGGAGCACGGCCCCGAUGGCGUCCGAUGGCUGGAUACCCAGGUGGUGCUGGCGCUGCCGUAUGACACCCCCGUCCCCGGGUACCGCAACAACACCGUCAAUACCAUGAGGCUGUGGUCGGCACGGGCACCCUGCGACUUCAACCUGAAGGACUUCAAUGUCGGGGGGUACGUCCAGGCUGUGCUGGACCGGAACCUGGCUGAGAACAUCUCCCGGGUGCUGUACCCCAAUGACAAUUUCUUCGAGGGCAAGGAGCUGCGGCUCAAGCAGGAGUACUUCGUGGUGGCAGCCACACUACAUGACAUCGUCAGACGCUUCAAGUCUGCCAAGUUCGGGAGCCGCGAUGCGGUCAGGACCUCGUUCGAGUCCUUCCCCGACAAGGUUGCCAUCCAGCUCAAUGACACCCACCCCUCUCUGGCCAUCCCGGAGCUGAUGCGGAUCCUGGUGGAUGAGGAGAAGCUCGGCUGGGACAAGGCCUGGGCCAUCACAGUCCGCACCUGUGCCUACACCAACCACACGGUGUUGCCGGAGGCUCUGGAGCGUUGGCCUGUGCGGCUGUUGGAGACGCUGCUGCCGCGACACCUGGAGAUCAUCUAUGAGAUCAACCAGCGCUUCCUGGACCGGGUCUAUGCCGCGUUCCCUGGUGACCACGAGCGGCUCCGUCGCAUGUCCCUGGUGGAGGAGGGAGCAGUGAAGAGGGUGAACAUGGCUCAUCUGUGCAUCGUGGGCGCGCACGCGGUCAAUGGGGUGGCCCAGAUCCACUCCGACAUCCUCAAGACCAGCGUGUUCAAGGAUUUCUAUGAUCUGGAGCCUGAGAAGUUCCAGAACAAGACCAAUGGGAUCACACCAAGGCGCUGGCUCCUGCUCUGCAACCCAGGGCUGGCUGAUGUCAUCGCCCAGCGCAUCGGUGAAGGCUUCGUCUCAGACCUGGACCAGCUCCAGAAGCUCCGAAACUUCGUGGAUGACGAGAGCUUCAUCCGGGACGUGGCGGCCGUCAAGCAGGAGAACAAGGUGAAGUUCGCGGCGCUGCUGGAGCGCGAGUAUGGGGUGCGGGUGAAUCCGGCCUCGCUCUUCGACGUGCAGGUCAAGCGCAUCCAUGAGUACAAGCGGCAGCUGCUGAACUGCCUGCACAUCAUCACCCUGUACAACAGGAUCAAGAAGGACCCCAACAAACCCAUAGUGCCCCGAACCAUCAUGAUUGGGGGCAAGGCCGCCCCCGGGUACCACAUGGCCAAGAUGAUCAUCAAACUGGUGACGUCCAUCGGGGAUGUUGUGAACCAUGAUCCGGCUGUAGGCGACCGGCUGCGGGUGUUGUUCCUGGAGAACUACCGCGUGUCGCUGGCUGAGAAGGUGAUCCCGGCCGCAGACCUGUCGGAGCAGAUCUCCACCGCGGGCACCGAGGCCUCGGGCACCGGGAACAUGAAGUUCAUGCUCAAUGGGGCUCUGACCAUCGGCACCAUGGACGGGGCCAACGUGGAGAUGGCAGAGGAGGCAGGGGAGGAAAACCUCUUCAUCUUCGGCAUGCGCGUGCCCGACGUGGAGGAGCUCGACAGGAAGGGGUACUGUGCCCGGGAGUUCUAUGACCGGCUCCCGGAGCUGCGCCAGGCUCUGGACCAGCUCAGCUCUGGCUUCUUCAGCCCCCGACAGCCGGAUCUGUUCCGGGACAUUGUCAACAUGCUCCUGAACCAUGACCGGUUCAAGGUGUUUGCAGACUAUGAGGCUUACAUCAAGUGCCAGGAGAAAGUCAGUGAGCUCUACAAGAACCCCCGUGAAUGGACCCGCACCGUGAUCCGGAACGUGGCGGCCGCCGGCAAGUUCUCGAGCGACCGCACGAUCGCGCAGUACGCUCGCGAGAUUUGGGGCGUGGAACCCUCGCGAGAGCGGAUCCCUGCCCCCGAUGACCCGAGAGUGUAA